AUGUCACGAAAACGAGUUCUUCAAACAAGAACACAAACAACGACACCUUCAACAACAACAACAUUGUCAUCAACAAGAGCAGAGAUCAAUAGUGAACAUCUUACAGAAAGUUUAGAAGAAAUUUCAAGCAUUCUUCCCGCAAUCUCUUCAGUUCAGCCCCGAAAAACUACAAAGCAUAUCGAAACAACAACUCAAGUUUUAGAAAAAGUUCAACCUAAUCGUGUGGAACAAUUAGAAAAUAAAUUUGAAUCAAAUUCAUUUGAUAAAAUAUUGAAGCAGCAAUACAAGAUUAAAGGUUUAGACGUUGAUAGCGAAGAAAGUUAUGACGAUGAUGAGAGAUUAAUUGGCGUUUUAGGUUCACAGGUAAAAGUUAUCUUGCACUCAAUAAGUCACGACCAUGAAAGUGUCCGCGUCGAAUGUUUAGAUGUCGGAAAUUAUCCACAUCCAUUAAGCUGUUCGAGAUAUAUCCAAUGUGCAGAAAUUCGUGGAUUUACGGAAGGUUUUAUUUUUACGUGCAAUCAAGGUUCAACAUUUGACCCAAUCCAAGGUGCUUGCAGUCAAUCGAAACAUGGAUGUACGAGAAAUAAUGUUAGAAUAACAACUAAUUGA